AUGUCAUUGCUCCCUCCGUACAUCGAACAAUUGUCAGGCGAAUAUCACGAAAAAAUCAAAGAACAGGAGGCCACUGAGCGAGGAGUGCCAGUCGAAUGCGACAUGGCAGUGGGAACUAUCAGUCCGAUCAGACAAAUGAAACUUCUGCAUUGGAUCCUCCUUUUGGUGAUCUGCCUUGCUACGACAGUCUUGGCAGAAGAUACGGCUAAAUGUAUGCAACAAUGUCAGGCGAAAUAUCCGGACAUCAAAAACAAAGACGGAGUGAAGGAAGAGUGCAAAACGGAGUGCGACACGUCGUAG